AAAGUCAUGAGGUAGCCACACAAUGUCGUUGUUGGUCAACUUUUUUAUAAAAUUUUGUGUCGUUGUUCAGUUAGUCCAUGCUGACUCACCGUACUUAAACUGCAAAAGAGUUGACGAUACCCUGGAUUGCAGUGAAGUUCAUUUUCAACAUGAUUGGAAUAUUGAUCCACAUUUUCUUUGGACAGUUAAGAAGCUCGUACUGAGAGACAACUUUCUAAAUGAAAUUCACUAUGAAGAUGCUUGGGGAUACUUUUCAAGCUUAGAGUGCUUACACAUCGAGAGCAACCAACUAAGUUUUAUUCAUGAAGACGCUUUUGUAGGAUUAAAGAAGCUGACAGAACUAAAUCUUGUAAAUAACCAAUUGAGUGAGUUUCCAGCAAAACAAGUAAAGUAUUUAAAAAGACUUAAAAAGUUAAAUCUUACAAAAAAUAAUUUAGGUGGACAAAUUCAAUUGUCUACAUUCUCAAAUGAUGCACUUCCAAAUCUAGAGGAGUUAGAUUUAAGUUACAACAAUUAUGAUGAAUUGGUUGGUACUCCAUUUAUAAAUAUGAAGAAACUAAAGUUGUUAGAUCUUUCUUCGACGAAACUUACACAUAUCAAAAAAGAUAACUUCAAAGGUUUACUACGAUUGAAGACUUUGAAACUCAACGGGCUCACACUUUUUAACAAAUUACAGGAAGAUGCUUUUCAAUACACUCAUAACCUGCAACACUUGGAAAUUCAAAUGUCUCAUUUGCUGAACAUAUCUCUCAACACAGUGAAAGGCCUACCGCUUCAAAAAUUACGCCUUGGAAUGAAUCCACUGAUUUGUGAUUGCCAUGUAGAAUGGAUCUGGAAUGAACUUCAUCACAAAACACGUGAUUGGGAUAGUGACAUUCUUACGAAUGGCAAUAAAAAUUUGCCACUUCAAUGUAUAGAUCUAAAAACAAAACAAGGUCAUGAUCUAUCCGAAAUAGAAAAAGGAUUCUGCGAACAUCGGUUGCCAACACUCUCAUCGCUUUCAAAGAAUGAUGUUCAAUGGUCUGACUGGACCACAUGGUCAUCCUGCGAGUUAUACUGCCAACAACAUCGACAACGAAAUUGUACCAGUGGAGUAUGUGACAGGACAAUUACAGUUUAUUGGGAGAUGUGUGUUGGAGAGAGAUUUGAGAAAAGACAUUGCUACACUGGUCAAUGUAUGAGAUUUCUUUUACUGAAUAAUGGAGACAGUCCAACCCGUCCUGCUACAAUUAAGUCACUGGAAAAAGUCAUAAAGGACGCGUUUGGGAAACGGAACGACAAACCAGUGUUGAUAUUAUCCAUAUUAAUUCUUCUUCUUCUAUUCUUUAUCUGCGUAACCAUGUGUGUAUUGCUGGUGAGAAAACGUCGCAGGAAGAAGAAAAAGGAACUCACGCCAGUUCUUACUUAUAAAAGUCGAAGUCAAAGCAUCCGUGAUAAAACGCUUGCUAGCACAAGAGAAUUUCUUAAAAACAACAAAUGGUUUAGUGGAGAAGAAGCAAAAGAUAUGCCACCAAUGCCAUUUGUAAAUAAAAAUAACAAGACACAGAAGGACUUUUUUUUUCAUGACGGAAAGUAUGUAAAAAGACGACAAAAAGAUGAUUUACCUCUUCCGCCUGUCCCUCCAGUGGCGACUCAGUCCACGCCAAACCACUACGAACUUUCUGAGCUUUCAAUGAGCACAGAUGUACACACGGAAACGGAAGCGCAUUACGAACAAAUUAGACAUUCAGAAGACGACGCACAAGACAGCUCUCCAAAGAAGAAGGUCCACUUUAGCGAAGAUGCGCUUCAAGCUGAGUACGAUGAAGAUUUGUAUCUACGUCCAUCUGAUAUUUGUGAGAAUAAUAAAUAAAUAUAUUAAAAAAUGUCAAAAAGAUUAACAUAAUAUAGUUAUAAAAAUAAUAG